GCUUGCUGCAUCAAAACGUGGUAAAAAUUAUUGCAUUUGUGUCUUUCCUGAAACCAGGCGCUACUGCACAAAACCGUCCAGACCCGAUGCAAAGAUAUGGCGAUUGGCUCUUUCUACCACCAAUACAGAGUGCUCACGUUUUGGUACUGCUCGGGCGAUACCAUAUUGCCCCUAUUUGGAUAUGGGACUGCAUCGAUUUACUUUUCCGCACCCGUGCCCAAAAUACAUAGAGUUGAAUCCCAGCCAUGCCCCCUCUUUCCCCAAGCGAAUCCCCUAGGCUCUGGGAUCCCUCCCCCUUUCGUAUUUUCAUACUGCCGAUACUCAUUGCAAUGAACAACAACGCCGUUGACGACGUCUGGGAUCUGGACCAGGAUGACUUUGAAAGCGAGCGUGUGGUAGCAGCCCAGUCUCUGGGAAAGUUGCAAUUGGCAUUCGGUAACGCCGGUUACAAAUAUGGAAUCGAUGCCAGCAAAACUGACCACAUGCAAGAAGGGUUCGAUAAGGGCUUUGAGCUCUCUAUCGAGAAAGGCAGGAUCAUCGGCAGUCUUUUAGGAAAACUGCUUGCACGCCGUGACAUUUGCAAGCGGCUGGACCUGCCUGUGGAAAACAUCGACUCGGUCGUUAUGCGCCUCCGCGCCAUUAAGCAUACGACUGCAUUCAGUGCCAAAACCCUGAGGGGUGAGGGUGACAAGACUACCACCGACACCUUCAACGAACUAGUUAAGGAUGCCCAUGCGGUAUUGGAUACAAUGUGCGUAGUGUAGAUUUGCAAUAGAAAGCGACAUUUUAUUUUCA